AUGACUGUCUCGCGUGUCCUCAAGGCCUUGACGGCCAUGUCUUCCUUGAACCUGCAACGACACGCCCAAGUCAAUACUGACCAGAACCUGGUUUUGGCCGACUGCGGCAUUGGUUCCAGCCCUGAGAAUGCCACUUGGUCUACCUCACGCCAAAUGAACUGGUACAAGGGCCCCGUCUGGUCUACCCCCGCUGAGACUGGCCCUGCCAAUCCUGACCUACUCGCGCAAAUGCCCUACGAUGAUGGCAAAUACCCCUGGAACUUUCAAGGUGCUUCUGCUACUUUCCCCAACGGCGAGACAUGGUCCGCUUGGAUCGAAGACGGCACCCCCGAAACUCAUCGCGCUAGCAAGGCCAUGAGUACCACCGACGGCGGAACCACUCUUUGGUGCUACACUUACCGCGGACGCCCCCUCGGCCUAAGUGCCUCUGGCAACUCGACCUGCACCUCAGCUUUUGUCUGUAACCAUCUCGAGACUGGCCCUACCCCGUGGGCCCGAACUCCAGGUGCAGAUGUUCCUUCUGACAACGCCACCAUCUUCACUAACACCAUCAACAACUCUUCGGCCACCGAAAAUACCUUGGCUGUCAAGGUCGAUGUCAGCCCACGUCCUGCCCUCUGGUACGGCACCAUCAACCAGUUCCUGAGUAGUAUCAUCUUCACCACUGGCGGCAUCUGCAGCCCCAAUCCCUUCUCUAAUCGCUUGAACUCUACCGUCACGGCCCGCUGCCAGGGUACCAAUGACACCCCUCUCAACUUCCUGCCCAUCUUCUUCAACGUUCUCAAGAACCUCGGAUCCCUCCCCGGCCCGGACGGCUACUUCAUCCACAGUCACGGACCUGCCCCUUUCGCCAAUGACACCGCGGACGACACCCUCACGCUUCCCACCACUUUCAAUCUUACUGCGUACGAUAUGGUGACGGGAAAUCUCAAGGGUUUCAUCGGCUACGAGAUCGAGUGGCCAGAGCAAGAUAUGGGCAUCCAUUGUUUCGACUGCAACACGACUGAAUUCGACACCAACUACAACACGGCCGUCGCCUCCGCAUUCGACGUGCUGUAUCCUACCUACUCUCAGAUAGUCAUUGAGAGCAAGUGCACAUUCAACACUCUUUGCUGGUAA